GCCAGGGAACCACAUCAUAUUCCCAUCCACUUACACUACCUUUUUGUCACUUCACGCCUCUAUUAAUCAAGUGCCUGGCUAGUUCUUGGGACACUAUCUUCACUCAGUUGAUUGCUCUGCCAAUCUCGCCAUAGUGAUCGAACCUUUUUGUCCUUCUGCUACUCUGUCCCACCGUGUGAAGCCGGACUGCAAAAUCGAAUUUUCACCUCACACCAUUUCUAGUGCUUUCUCUCCCCUUGGAUUUUCUUCUCGUCUGGAGUCUUAUGACGGAGCCUUCUGGGAGCUUUCCAAUAAACAGCCAAGUCAGCUACCAGCCAACCGGCGCGAAUUCAUUUGCUGUCCAAUCCGUCUUCAAUCGGCAUCUCACAGUGCACGUCGCCUGUUUAUCCGGUUGACGACUCGUCUGAACCAGUAAAAAUGGCCCCAAACCAGGAUUCAUCGAGCCAAUCAGAAGAAUCGACCAGGCCGAGUUCCGCCAAGGUCGACUCCAGAAGCGGUCAGUCCUCACAAGACGAAGAUGGCUUUAUCGACAUCCACCCCGAGGACGUGGAAAUGCAAGACAGCGAUUCGGACGCUGUUGCUCCACCCCCGAAAGCGCCGUCUGAUCCUUUAGAACUUCAGCGUAUUAGUCAUUCCGACAAGGCUGAGGAGGUUCCCGAGGAAGAAGACGAUUCUGAGGACGACCGUGAUUUCAUGGCCAACCAUCCACUGUUGAACAUGCUGACUGGCCGACUGGGAGCACGUCGACGAGGCUCUUCGCAUAAAUGGGAUCGCCUUCAUCCUGAAAACCAAGCACUGUCUGUGUCCGACGUGGACCAGUGCACCUCACUUGAAGAGGCCGCUUUUUCGCCGGAAGAGAGGGCCACCCGGGAAAAGUUCCAAUACCGUCUUACCAGAUGUCCCGAGUUGAGUUUGGGGCUGUUCACCCAGCCGACGAAAGCGGAAUUGAAGGAUGCGUCAACACCGCCUCAGCGUCGCCUAAUAGGACAUAUAGUCUCGACCAGAACUCCAGCACCUUGUGUUACUGAGGCUUCGAUGGGCGUUCCCUCAAACUGGAAGACUAGGAGAUCGUCGCUACCAACCAACGACGAUAAGGAGCCGAUAGGCCAUCAAGACAUGGGUGGAACCAUCUGUGUUCAUUCUUUGGCGGUGGCACCCGAGUUUCAGAAAAUGGGGUUGGGGUCGAUUUUGAUGAAAUCGUACAUCCAGCGUAUGAAGGAUUCCAAGAUCGCUGACCGGAUAGCGUUGCUUGCCCAUGAUCAUCUUGUCCCAUUCUACACCGGGCUUGGAUUUGAAAACAUGGGGCCAAGUGCGGUGACAUCUCACGGCGGGAACUGGAAUAAUAUGAUUCUCGAAUUUCAUCAUGAAGACGACGACUAGACGCGGAUUAUGCCGCUACGAACCCACUGGACUGCUACUCUACUUCUUGCGCCUCGUCGUCAACGCUCUAUUCGCUAAGCCCAGGUACUGAAAACCACGCGCUCGGAUCGGCUGGGCGUGGUGACUAUUGGGAGUUUUGGCCUUGGUGCGGCGUGCGACAAAAGGAGGCUGGCAAUGAAUUUCCAUGAAGGAUGAUCUGUAGAUGUGGCGGCGGAAGCGCGAAAUGAAAUUGGCGAAGAGUGCAUCGGGAUUAGGCUGUAUUGUGCUGCCUGGGACAUGUCGUGAUGUACAUGCACGACUACUCACAUCCCAGAAAAUGAAUCCUGAGUCUCAUCUCCCGGUGGCAUAUGUGGCUCGCACGGGAUUAUUCUAUGUGUACCGAGUAUCGUGGCCUGUUAUCGGAGGCAUGAAGGCAGCGUGUGUCGUGUCCAAUUCUCGACUACAAUUACAGUCGAGUCACCCCUAGUGACAAAAGCUCCUUUGGCUGGAAUUGCUCGUUAUUUGUUCUCCUGGGAUUUAUUGCACUGAUCGUUGACUGACAAGGCAGAGGGUGGAUGCGAGGGAACAUGGCGGGUUGAACGUAAAGCCGAGGGAAGAACAGGCGGAGAGCAAGAUGCUUCACCAAUGACAUUCCGUACAAU